CAUCUCGCUUUGUUGCUGGCAUAUCUCCAACUUCCUUUAGCUGAGUAACGGGUAUCUGAUAGUCGAGACACUUGACUAUAAAGUUCUUCCUUGUUAAUAUUGAGAAAUGUUGUAAAUUGUUUUGUAUACCCUUGUAGAGGAGAUAUGUACAUAUAUACUUUAUCAGGAUCACAGGGGGAUUCGAUAUAGCUAUGUCCGUCUGUUUCUAUAUCGUUUGCGAGCUCAGUUUAAAACCUAUCAAUCUGAAACUUUCGCAGUCGCCCUAAAAUAUGUUACAUCCCAAUCUUACGCCUUAUUCAAAAACUCCCAUAGGAACGGUCGGAUAUUACUUGCAAAAAUUAAACAUAUUUGGCGCAGUGCAAAACCUCUUGACGAGAAUCCGUUCAAAUCCUUUUAUUUAUGCAUACCUUCAUCAAAGUAAAAGCGCGUGUUGAUUGGACGUCUAUAUCCCAUGGUUCCCUUAGGAACAUUCAGAAACAAUUGCAAGGUGAAGUUAUUUGUAAAUAUAUUUCACGUAUUGUAAGAGCUAUUGACAUGGCAUUCUCCUCGCUACUUUGGGCAUCCAAUUUCGGUAAAGUCUGCAAGGGUUUUAAAAAAUUCCGUUUGUUCUCCUUUAUUUCCAAUUUUAUGUGGAGCAACGCAAUACGAACUUUCGUUCUUGGUUAUAUUGACAAGUGCCACAACCCGGCUUACAUUUUAGCGACCUGUCGAAUCUUCGGUCCACUGUAGUGAUGGAAAUCAGGCACCCUUUUGUCCAACUGUCUCAGGGUCUUCCAUUAAGCCAACAUAGUUUUUUGUCUGCCUCUGUCCUGUGUGCUCCCUUUGAUUCUCAAAUGCUGCGAUCCCUUAAAAAUUUGAAGUAUUCUGCCUGGCGUGACGUGCGGCGUGGAUGCUCUGUAGUGGCCUCAUCGGAUCGAAGUGAUGUCCAUCUGGUGCUGCCAACAGUCAUUUCAUCCGAAUUCGCCAAGAGAAUUCGGCCGCUCGCAGUGCCCGACCUUAUCGAUAAGUUCUCCCGCGAUGCCCCAGGGGGCCAGUUCGCCACAAUGGCCGAGUAUCUGCACAGCGAUCCGAGGCCCGAAGCAGUCCUGGUGCCCGAGGAGAUCGAUCUCCAUCGAAUAAUGGCAUUGGAUGAUCUCAAUGCCUAUAUGCACGCGAAGGACGCGUUCAAGGAACCACAGAGAAAGAAUCGGGUUUUUGCGCAUGUCCUUGUGGUGGCCGGUGCCGACUCAAUCCGGAGAUGCCACUUUCGGCAAAGAUCCGAAUUUCUCUACCUCUGCGAUUGCUUGAGGCCAGGAGCGGCCUUGGUACUCCAUCGCAACCGAAAGCGAAAGGCUGGUGCGUUGCUCUUCCUUCCCGAAGAGGUGGACUCGCAGCUGUCCUCGAUUUAUAGCCAUAUGCAUCACGUGGAAGACGUUCUGCCCCUAGCCAUGUUAAAGAAAAGUUUGCUCUGGCUGCUUAGGGAUCAGUCUCCUGAGCUAUGGCACUCCUUCCAGACCUCGAGUCCAGUCAGCCGGAUAGUGCAAGAGGCGGCCGACGAGGCAAAGACGCCUCUGUGUAACCCCCGGUACAUCCUCCAGUACACACGCACCGUUAAGACGUCCAGGGAGCUGUGUGCUCUGCGUCGGGCCAACGCUAUUGCCGCCGGCUCCAUGGCGGAGGUGAUCGCGCAGCACCAGAGCAAUCCUCAGGAGUUGGCCACAUCCUUUGACUACAAGUGUCGUUUGAGUCACGCCCAACCGGACGCGUGCAAAGUAUCAUGUGGUCUAGAUGGCAAUGGGCUGUGGCAGAUGGAUGCUGGCUGCCAGUACGGAGGCUACGAGGGUGGAUUGGCCAGGUGCUGGCCCAGCUCCGGCCGGUUUACGCCGCCCCAGAAAAUGCUUUACGGUGCUCUUUUGGACAUACAUCGCGAUCUGUGCUCGUUAAUACAGUCCGCUAGAAUUGAAGGUGCUGUACGCACCCCCCUUGAACUGCAUGCCGCUUACCUAAUCCUUCUGGCCCGGCAUUUGAAAGAGCUCCGGAUGUUGCCCAAGGUUGACAUGAGUCCAGCUGAGACUGUCGAGGUGGCCCGCAAGUACAACUGCUCUCCAGUCGUCAUCUCCCACGUGGGCCUUGGUAAACGAGACACCAGUCGAAGACUCCUUGACUACCCCUUCGCACCCGGGAACGUCGUUUCGCUUCGCCUGUCCAUCUCUAUUCCCGAUGACUGCUGCCAGGCCUACCCUGAGUUCCGAGGCAUUAUCUGCCAGCUCGGCGACACCCUGCACAUCCGAAACGACUAUUCCGUCGAGGUACUCACUGCAGUCUGUCCCAGCGAGCCCCAGGAGAUCGAGGUAUGCUUACCUGCCGUCCGAGCCAGAUCCCCACGAUUGUGGGCUGACAGGGACCAGGUGCUAGGCGCCACCAGCAUGACCUCACUGGCGGCGACUAAGGAAAGCACAGAAAAUUGCUGAAGAUAUGGCAGUAAUUCCGCGGAAUUAAAUUCGUGUUUCCACAGUCACCGCCAUUUAUUCAGGUGUUUUAUAGGUAUAUAUUAAAGCCCGAUUUUUCAUACUACUUUGUUUGGUUUCUGUAAGCACGUCACACAGCUGAAUACCUUCUUAGGAAGUUGCUCGGCUGGUUUGCAGUUCCUUAUCAGGCAUUUAUAAAUAUAUGUGGCGCGCCUGUGAGAAGUAAUUGCAAAGGCAAAAGCUGAUAACAGCAGGUUUUUACAUUUCCGCCAAUUACCGUCAAAACGUAUCUAAUUUUCAAUUAUAGCUGCAAAUCAAAUUUCCUCAAAGAAAAGUAUAUUUUCUUACAUAAUAUUUACCAAGCGUCGUAAAGGCCAACAUAAUGUAUUAACUGUAAUUAUAUGAUAACAUGAAAUCCCCGCCCACCAUUCUUUAUGGGGCCAACUGUCGAACAGUAGAACUCGCUUAUAGCCCCCAUAACCAUUUCCUGAUUGUGGGUUAGAUAAACGCAAGUGUAAAGUUAGGUUAGUGAAUAAAAGC